AGUUUUUAAUAUCCUGGAGAAGUAAAUAAAGUUACAAUUUCGCUUCAUUUUGAAGUGGUACGGCCCACUUUAUGACUUUAGAAACUUUUUUUGUCACGUCACUGAAUUGUAUGUUUAAACCUGGCAUUUUUGAACCAGGCAAAACGAGCUUUUCAAGCUUGGUGUUGGUUUUUUCCUUAUAUAUUCGUACACGCCCAUCCUCUUUAUUUUUGCUCUAAGAAGGGAUACUUCUACCUCUAAGUUGCGGUGUUUACGCAGGGGGUGUUGAGAGUUUAGUUCACACGUUUCGCAUGCAACGUCUCCUUUCUCUGACUUAAUUUCUCGAGAUUUCACUCCCAACCCGUAUCUGCAGUCAAGUAAUGAGAAAAGUGUUCCUUGAAAAUGGAUCUGCCUUCUCAUGUCUCACCAGUAAGCGUUAUAGAAACAAUUGCUUUCCAACUAGCGUGCAGUCCGGUAGACAAGAAAGUCGCUCUGCACUUAGAUGAAGAAGAUGAGCUAAAACACUUUCGCGAAUGUUUCCACAUUCCCAAAGUGACGGAUCUGCCUUCAACCAAUCCAACUUUAGUGAAGGAGAAUGAAAACUGCAUCUACUUUGCUGGACACUCUCUUGGUCUUCAGCCAAAGAAAAUUAAAACUUACUUGGAUGAAGAACUUGACAAGUGGGCUAAAGUAGGUGUCCAUGGUCAUUUCAAUGGUAAGCGUCCUUGGGCCUUGGGAGAUGAGUGCAUUGUUGAGCUUAUGGCUGAGAUUGUGGGGGCUCGUAAUGAAGAGGUAGCAUUAAUGAAUGGUUUGACAGUUAAUCUACAUCUCCUAAUGUUGACAUUUUUUAAGCCUACAUUCUAUCGCCAUAAAAUCUUUUUAGAAGCCAAAGCAUUUCCUUCUGAUCAGUAUGCUGUUGAGUCUCAGCUCCAGUUUCAUGGGCUUGAUAGGGAGAAGAGUAUGCUUAUGAUUCAACCACGAAAGGGGGAAAAAACCUUGAGAACUGAAGAUAUCCUUGAUAUAAUUGAGAAGGAAGGAGACUCAAUUGCUGUAAUUCUUUUCAGUGGGGUGCAGUACUACACUGGACAGCUGUUUGACAUACCAAGGAUAACAAAAGCUGGUCAAGCCAAGGGCUGCUUUGUUGGAUUUGACCUGGCCCAUGCUGUUGGAAAUGUAGAAUUACAUUUACACGAGUGGGGAGUUGAUUUCGCUUGCUGGUGUUCCUACAAGUACCUGAAUUCUGGAGCUGGGGGUCUAGCUGGUGCUUACAUUCAUGAGAAACAUUCCAAGUCUAUGAAACCGGCUUUAAUAGGAUGGUGGGGUCAUGACUACAAAACCAGGUUUCUCAUGGAAAACAAAUUGCAACUCAGCCCUGGAAUCAAUGGAUUUCGUUUAUCAAAUCCUUCCAUCUUAUUGGUCUGUGCUCUUCACGCUAGCUUAGAGAUCUUUGCUCAAAGUACAGUGAAGUGCCUUAGAAGGAAAUCCAUACUUCUUACUGGUUACUUGGAGUAUUUGAUAAGGCACUAUUACGGCAAAGAUAGAAAUGACCCUGAGAAGCCACUUAUAAAAAUAAUCACACCAUCCCACCAUGAAAAAAGAGGAUGCCAGCUCACCUUACUUUUCUCUGUUCCAAUCAGAGAUGUUUUUAAAGAGCUGGAAAAACGCGGCGUCGCUUGCGACAUGCGGGAACCUGACGCUCUCCGUGUUGCCCCAGUUCCUCUCUACAAUACUUUCCAGGAUGUGCACACCUUUGUGGAAAUCCUAGAAUCUGCAGUUGCAGCUGCAAAGCAGACUGCAAACUCGAAGUCGCUUUCCUGAUCUUAUUGACAACAUAAAUGUAUCUUUGUCCUCUUCUCCUGGCCAAAUGCAUCGGAGAUUUCGAACAUCUUUUGGGGGGCGUGGGUGGAAUUUCUUCCAGAUUGGGCCUUAUUCUACUGCUUUACUUCCAAUGAUUAAUUCACUUUCAAUAUUGGAUUGUAAUAUGCUUUCUAUUAAAACUCAUGCUUUCACCCA